AGGUGCUACCAUAGCUCUCACAUCUGAUUAUAAUGAAGGAGAAUCGAUGGGGUAUAUAGAGGCCGUUCCUUGAUUUCCAUCCCCCCAUUCGAAAGACACUUGCAAGAUAGUUUUCUCUCCCCCGUCGCAAGCCAAGCACCAUCAAACCUGUGACAAAACGAACAUACCAUGGCUCCCACAUACAACAACGAAACCAGAGCUAGUGACCUCGUCACAGUCUACACCCCUCACAUCGCCGGCAAGACGAUACUUAUCACGGGCGUCUCCCCAGGCAGCAUCGGCGACAGCUUCGUCAAGCAAGUCGCCGUAGCCAAGCCAGCAACAUUCAUCCUAGCCGGCCGCUCACCCUCAAAGUUCCAACCCCUCAUCGACGAACUCGCAACCACACACCCCGAUAUCAACAUCAAGUCCUUAAAUCUAGACCUCACCCCCUUCGCCAACGUCCGCAAGGCAGCAGAAACAGUCAACUCAUGGGCAGACGUCCCCCACAUCGACCUCCUCGCCAACAACGCCGGCAUCAUGGCCUCAGCCUAUGGCCUCACAGAAGACGGAUUCGAAAGCCAAUUCCAGACAAACCACCUAGGCCACUUCCUCUUCACCAACCUCAUCAUGCCCAAGAUCCUAGCCUCUGCCUCGCAGAGGAUUGUCAACAUCAGCAGCAACGCCCAUAGACUCGGCCACGUGCGCUGGACGGAUUACAACUUCAACGAGGGCAAGCACUACGACAAGUGGAUGGCCUAUGGGCAAUCCAAGACGGCCAACAGCCUCUUCUCCAUCGCCCUUGCCGAGAGGCUGGGCGCGUCGAGGGGGUUGACAGCAUUCAGCCUCUGCCCGGGGUAUGUCCCCACGAAUCUUGCUGCACACGAGGCGCAUGACUUUCCCGGGUUCCUGGAAGCUUUGCGUAAAGUUGAUGUGGUGGUGGGGAGCAAGUAUAUGUGGGGAAUGGGGGAUAUCAAGCCCAAGGAUAUGGACCAGGGUGCCGCGACGCACGUGUUUGCCGCGUUUGACCCGGAGCUGAGGGAGAAGAAUGGGGAGUUUCUUACUGAUUGUCACGUUGCCGAUCCGUGGAAGGAGGAGGUGUACCCGUGGGCGAGAAACAAGGUCGAUGCGGAGAUGCUGUGGGUUUUGAGCGAGAAGCUUGUUGGGCAGGAGUUUAGAUACUGAGAUGGUUUGUGCGUAUUCUCUGUUCUCUCUGCUGGAAUACUGCUGUGUAUAAUGUAGCUCUCAUCGGACAAUCGCACCCGCCAGAGCCGAGCGGUAUAUAGCCGGUAGAAUCAGGGAG